UUCUGCCUUUUCUGUCUGUCUCUGUCCAUCUCAAUUUUUUUACACGAUUCCAACUACCAACCAAUGACGAGUAGCGUAUUCCAAAAACUAAUAAGAAAAGGUAAAAGUUAUUUUUUUACCGUUUUAUCGAUAACUAGUUAACUAUUAUAGAUCUUGAUAAAAAUUCUCACUAGAUAAGCAAAUUGAGUAGCUCCCAUCCACACAUACAUACAAACACACACCAUUCACACUCCUCUGUAAUUCAUUCCCCCCUCCAAAAUACACUGGAACGUUGGAAAACGAAGGCAUGGCGGCUAGCUAUUUUUAGUUUGUUCUAGCUAGCAACUUGAGAGAAAAUGAAGUUAAAAAUGUACAAAAUAGUAGAACAGUCAUGGCGGCUUCCAUCGCUUGUCCGUUGUGUCUUCACAGUUCUUUUUCUCAAGUUAACAUUUUUGUGACAGCAUUCCUGAAUUUCUUUGAAAGACCAUUGAACUGCCCACUGUGCAAUCAUCUAGCUAGCAAUGCUACAGCAUUGAAAGAACACCUCAACGAACACUUAACCCUCCAACUCACAAACGCUGUAACAACGCCCGUUGACCAGCUAGAUAUCAAAAAGUACACCUGUAAACAAUGUGCAAUUUUCGAAACAAACGACAUUGCCGCCUUGAGAUUACACGUCGAAUCGGACCAUCCCGAACGAAAGUUUUUGUGCGUCGUUUGUUGCAAAUUGUUUAAAGCUCAGGCCAGUCUUACCUUACAUUUGAGGAUGGCGCAUCAGACGGGGAACUCUGUCGACCGCAAACAUCAAUGCCAGUUUUGUCGUAAGAAAUUCAUCAGUCUUGGUCGGAAGCAGGCCCACGAAAAACAGCAUCAGUCAGAUUUAUCCGCGGGGUCGGUUAGAAGUCCGAUUGAAUUGAAAACAAUAGAUUCGACUGCUCAUUCACCUGCUGAACCUGAGGAAUCAAAGGCUUUAUUCGUCUGCUCCAUUUGUGACAAAUCUUUCAAGAAAGAGCAAUAUCUACAACAACACAGUCGUACCCACGAAGCCAAGAAAUGGGAGUGCUCUGUUUGCCGGAAACUGUUCACAACGAAAGAGUAUCUACGAAAACAUGCUCGUCUUCAUACAGGAGAGACACCAUACACUUGCGAUCAGUGCGGGAAAACAUUCACUUUUCAACAAUCUUACCACAAACAUUUACUUUACCACAGCGACGACAGACCGUACCCAUGUGAUCAAUGUAAUCGUCGCUUCAAAGAGCUUUCCACUCUGCACAACCACCAAAGAAUCCAUACAGGCGAGAAACCUUAUUCUUGUGACAUAUGCGGUAAGGCAUUCCGUCAAAGAGUUUCGUAUGUCGUGCAUCGACGCAUACACACUGGAGCAUUGCCAUACGUUUGUCUAACGUGUGGCAAAUCGUUCCGCUACAAGGUGAGCCAAAGGACCCAUAAAUGCGAUGCUGGACGAGGUGAAGAAGGGAAUGACAUCAUCCGACAUCGACCUGAUUGGCUCGAACGGCUCGUUACGGCCCAGCAACAAUUGUCAGCCCCAGAAGACAAAUGUGUUGGCGAGGUUGGAAAGUUAGAAAUUAUUCCGGACAAACCUCCGGAUCUGGAUGCGAUGGAAGAAUCUUCGAGUCCGUCUGAACGACAUCAUCGCAGCUUUUUCGAUUCGAAAACUUAUUAUGAAAAUGAUUCAUUGCCCACGUUGGAUCUGUCUCAGUUAACACUCAGUUUGGACAGUGAUUUGAUUUUUCCCAGUUAACUAACCACGAGCCUGAUUUAGUGGUA